ACCAAAACAGGUCACUUAGGGGGCUUUUCUAUGCUGUUUAACAUAGUGGCGGGUCAUUUUUGACCCCUUAGACGACAUAAGGGUUGAAAUAACUCUGGUAAGGCACUUUGUGUUUACCGACGUGCUGCUCCUCGCCUCGCAGUACAGUAGGGGGGUGGGGGGCGUUGGAGCCGCCUGGCUCCGCCUCUGACUGACUGAUUGGUUUAGCUGUCAUGUCGUUGCCUCAGAUCUCUUUCUCGCUGGCCAAUGCGCAGAAAGCCCUUUCUGUACCCUCUCUACUGUAUUCAGAUACGUGCCUUUGUACACCAUUACGACGCGACCCUGAUGGCCUCGUAGCAACCCAACAACCUAGUGCUAGCACGGGAACAGGGCAGCCCUGUUCACACACACAGCUCGUCUCCAAAUGCGUCCGGGACUGGCGGGUAUAGCGGUGGAGAUGCUGAGCGGUGCAACCUGCAGGGCCAGGCCGAGGCUCGGCAGCUUCCUGCUGGCCCCGCUCACCACAACAGUGCCGCCGAUGUCAAGCACGGGGAGCCGCAGACUUCGCUCCACGUCCUCGAUGCAGGGCUUCUCGGAGUUGGCGAGAGAGAGGUCCAAGACUGUCACGUCGUUUUACAACCAGUCUGCGAUUGACGUUUCUGCGGAAAAGGCCUCAGUGCGACUGACCUUAGCGACCCUGCUGUAUUCUGGGAAAUCUCCUGACGGACACCACAUCUUGAGCAGUGCCAGGUACCUACACAAGGAGCUGCCUGUGCGAAUCGCCCACCGCAUUAAGGGCUUCCGCAGUCUGCCCUUCAUCAUCGGCUGCAAUCCCACCAUUCUGCAAGUGCAUGAACUGUAUAUCAGAGCCUACCACAUGCUCAGUGAUUUUCCCCCGAUCAAGGAUCAGGACGUGGAGGCUCGUUUCUGUAAGCUGGUGCAGCAGCUGCUGGACGACCAUAAAGAUGUGGUCACUAUGCUGGCCCAGGGCUUCAGGGAGUGUCGCAGACACAUGCAGGAUGAGGCAAUCCUCCGCAGCUUCCUGGAUACGACGCUGUGCUCUCGUCUGGGAAUCCGAAUGUUGGCCACGCACCAUCUCGCCCUCCAUGAAGAGAAUCCUGACUUUGUUGGGAUCAUAUGCAGACGUCUCUCCCCCAAAAAGAUCAUAGAGAAGUGGGUAGACUUUGCCAGGCGUCUGUGUGAGCACCAGUAUGGUAACUCGCCCAGAGUGAGGAUCAACGGACACGUGGCAGCUCGCUUCCCCUUCAUCCCUCUGCCUCUGGAUUACAUCCUGCCCGAGCUCCUCAAGAACGCCAUGAGGGCCACUAUGGAAAGCCAUCUGGACACCCCAUACAAUGUGCCCGAUGUGGUCGUCACUAUUGCCAAUAAUGACAUUGAUUUUGUCAUCAGGAUUUCAGACCGUGGUGGCGGCAUACCUCACAAUAUUGUAGACAAGGUGAUGGACUACCACUUCAGCACUGCUGAGGAGAGCGCACAGGACCCGCGCAUGAGCAACCUCUUCAACAACAUUACCAACAGUGGAAACCAGUCCAGCCCCAUGCAUGGGUUUGGUUUUGGUUUGCCUACGUCCAGGGCCUACGCUGAGUACCUGGGCGGCUCUCUGUCCGUACAGUCUAUGCAGGGCAUCGGCACAGACGUGUACCUGCGUCUGCGCCACAUUGACGGCAAGGGAGAGAGCUUUCGAGUGUAAAGCUCGCCACUGGUCAUUCUCGUAGAUCCCGACCAAGGAAUCAGGCCAUGCAGGAGUUCAGAGGGUUCCCCACCAGGAAGGCUGGCAUGGACUACAGGACUUUGGUCCACGAAGUGAUAGCCUUCACACAGUAUGUUGUCAGAAAGCUCCUAAAUUUACCAACCCACUACUUGUUCUUUUUGUUAUGUUUUGCCUUAGACUGAUUAUAAGCUAUGUUAGCUCUCAAGUUGAUGAUUUCAGUUGUUUUUCCUCUGUUUUGUACCCUGUGGCAUGUUGUCUUGACAUAUUAGGGGGCGUAUGAACUUUUGAAUGUUUAGGUUAUCGGGACAAACUGUGCAUGAAAGUGAGCAUUGGUGUUAAUGUUCAAGGAAAGGAAAAAGAGCUUCAGUUUUAAAGAAGUUCACUCUAAAGUUACUUGUCGAAUAACCUCAAAAUAGUAACAAGACAUUUUGAUGAUGAAAUGUUUCAAAUGAAACUUCUGAGACACUCCAGCAACCCUGUCAAAAUCUCCUCAAAGUGUACAAAGCUGCUCACGUGUUCCUCGGAGAUAAAUAUAGUUUGAAUAACCGGAACCUUGCUGUAUGUUUGUAUCAAAAGCCACAAGAAUGACUUGAGCAGGUCCAGUAAACCUCAACUCUUGACCGAUACGUUACAAAACCGUCGAGUUCAGCUCAGAAAAAAACUGCCAAAACACCAAAAGCUCAUUAACAGAUUUUCGUCGCCGCGAUGAACAUCUUUGCUCAGCAGUAUUUUUGUGGAGCUUUCAGGCAGGGAAGCCAACCGAGAUGUUCAGUUGCCUUACUGUGUGACGCUAGUCCUUCUACUGCAUGCCGACUGUUUCUCAUUUUCUUUUUGUUGCCUUUAUCAGUACACACAGAUGUCAGACUUUUUUUUUCUUUGCACAAUGAUAAAUUUUCCUGUCAUAAAGCUCAGCACUUGCACCGAUCAUAGCAGUUUUUGACAACUUUCAGAGUAACAAUAUACCAGAGAAGUAUUGUCCAAUAUUGUCUUCUUGUUUUCUGUUUUAUCUGAUUUAAGAUUUUCUUUUUUUAGGGAGUUUGUCAGUUGUAUGUCAAGUUUGCUGUCUUUUUGACAUAAGUUUUAUACAAGAAUACAUUUCAAGAUGGGUCAGCGACAGGGUUUCUGCACUAUUAGUUACAGAAGCUCAGAUUGGCUAAGUUUGCUAGUCAUUUUUAGGGCUUUUUUUUCAGAUCAUAACUUGAUCACAUCAUUACCUUGAUACAACAAAUGGCCAUAUCUAAUUUUAUGUGUUUUUGCCAUUUUUCCCCGCUAAUUUAGAAAGAAUCAGUUCCAGACUUGUCACUGCUAAAGGUCUCAACAUGCUUCAAACAAACAAGGCCGUGCUUCUCACAGAAUUGGGAUCUUUUUUUCAUUCUGUGUCCCCUCUCUAAAUUCAGAAGUUAUUGUGGGUCCAUGAAUGCACCGCAGGCGGAGCUCUCGAUGAGUUCUUUUUUCCCUCAGCAGCCGUAUGUGUAGUUUCAGUCGUGAUGUGGAUAACUGACCAGUUAAUCCGGUCACAGCUCAUAAGAUCAAUGGAUGAGUGGAGCUCCAAAAAUAUAAAUUUAACAUGUGGCAGCAGAUGUUUUGACUGUGGCAGGUUGUGUGGGAAACCCUGCGUACAACAUGUCGUCCAAUCACUUCCACAUGCACGUGUUGAUGCUCUGAAUGGUCACGAACUGCCAUCAUCCUCCCCCUCCUAGCUGCAUCUCACACCUCUUUAUUCUCUAUCCAGUCAUUUUGUGUCUUUUGCGUAUCUUUAUUGUCUGGUUGUAGUUCACUGUACAAACAGGGAUAACGUGGUUCAAUUGGGUAAAGAUUUAAAAAGGGAGCUUGAAAGAGACUUUCAAACCCAGUAAACUUUCACAGCUCCAAACAUCCAGCCAAUCUGCGCAAGUGGGCGAGAUUGUCAUAUUGUCUGCCCUCCCAAAAAGUUUAAAAAAAAAAGAUGAACACACCGUCUGUCAAUUAUUCCACUGAAAAAUGGUGUUUCAGACACUCAGGAUGACCCCACAGGCACCUUGUUUGAAGCAGGUUUAGUCACAAGAGCAGCUACAAGAAUGUGAUCCCUCACUGGCCUCCCACCCACAAACAUCUUUUUUCUAUUUUGUAAACCCCUUAUUCCUUUAGUAAAAAUCAGAUAUUGUGAUAUUUUUGACUAAAUACUAAUACAAUAUGAUAUCGAUAUUGUGCAGAUAUUGCAUGGUUCAUCGGUGCUUUCAUAAAAUAGUUACACAAGAUUUUUGUUAAGUAAUCAUCAGUAUCGGGAUAUAAUGACUAAGUGUUAAAUGCAAAUAGAAGAACAGUUUGGUAUGUUCAGAAAAUUGCAUAACUGGAAAAUCUGAGGUGACAUCUCAUAUCACAAUAUCGAUAUAAUAUCUGUAUAUUGCCCGGCCCUAAUGCUUGAUAUCAAACAUUUUUUCUUGUUUUGUCACCCGAAAUCUCAUCAUUUAAACAUUUUAUAUCCAAGUCUGUUUCAGUCACCCCCUUUAAUUGAAGAUGUUAGAUGAGUAACACAAUAACACAAUCUUGGAAAAUAUAUUAUUUAUGAUUAUAGACAAAACUGUUUCUACAACUACUUCACCAAAAAUGUAAGUUGUGAUCUCACAAUAACUUACCAAAAAUUAUUAGCAAACUGCCUUUCUGGGUUUCUAGCUAGUUAUAUGAGUCAAAUAAUACAGUACAGAAAAUAACUGAAGCCACAUUAUGAAGUUUAGAAAUUUGCCCCAAUAGAUAAUCACCUCAAGCACUCCUCAAGUUUUGUUGAACAUUCCCCAGCGGGCACCAGUACAUCAACCCGAGGUUACACUUUUAGUUUUAUCUGUUGGGAGCAUUUAUCAUGAUAUUAGCUUAUACUGUUGUCUUUUUAUUAAAGACAUUUUGAAUCCUGAGCUGUAAUUAACAAGAUGGGAAAUUUAUGAACUUUGCAGAAGCAAUGAAAGCAGUUUUUUUUAACAGCUUUUCAGUUUUGGCUCUGGUAGAGAUUCAGUCUGUUAACUAGUGUUUGUGUGAUUGGCCUGGAGUUGAACAUUUUAUACUAAAGCUGUAUCUUGAAAGCUUUAGAAUCACAUAAAAUAUAUGAUCUACCUGAUGGGAACGUUGGACUGUUUUUUUUCUGUGAAAACCCACAAAUAAUACAAGAUUCUGAUAUGUUUUAUAUCUUACAAAUUAAAUAACUGGUUCACUUUGAUUUGUACUCACAAACAAGUUUACAUACAAGUGUGUUUGCUUGUGAGACAUUGUGAUAAUGUAAGUGAACAAGUUAAUUCAGUAGUUUCAAAAUACAAUCUGAUUUAAUUUGUCAAAGGCUCGUAUUUAUUAUAACAUUUUAUGAAACAAAAAUAACCUUGUAUAAAUGACAAUUCAAGAGCCACAGAGAAUGGCCUAUAUUAUCUGUACCUGUAUUCUUGCCAGGGCCAACUAUAUGAAUUAAUGUGUUUAUUGUGGCUUUGAAGGUCUUGAAGAUGUAGUAAAUAUGUAGUGUAUGCAUGUAAAGUAAAAGGGAGGUUAACAAAACAUAGCUAACAGAGGCUAGUAAACAAAAGCUCAGUGCCCUUUUUGAGACAAAUCGAUAGAUUACCAGCAUCAUUCUGAAAUGUUCUUCUAUUCCAAAGUGUUGCUGGUAAAAUGUUUAAAGUGGAUUGUAUAUUUUGUAUUUAGUAGCCAGGCUUCAGCAUGAAAUGCACUCUGCUGGGGUAAAAUGAAAAGUGCAGGUGGCUUGUUACAUGUAUCACUUUAGUUUUUGAGGAGGAAGAAAAUGUACAACAUAUGAGGUCAUUAUCCAGGUUUCUGAUUUUGUAAUUUAAUAUAGUUCAAAAUAGAAGUAAGGCUGAUCAACAACAACAAAAGAUAAUUUCAACAUCACCUCCAGUAUAAAGCCAAAUAUUGGAAUCAUGUUACUAACAAGAUGCACUGCCAUGGAGUGUUUUGACUCUGACUGAAUAUAAUUUAGCUUCUCCCAUGUUUUCUGUUGUGUUCCUGUAUACAUAAAAAUUUUACUUGAUUGGAA